AUGUCAGCUACCGAAAUACCUGCUGCAAGUGACACUUUCGAUGAAGGCUUUAAUAAGGCUAGCGUCGAUAUACAUCCAUCCGACCCCGGUUUGUGGCCCGAAAUAAUCACCAAUGAGAUAGCUAGAAUAUUGGUUAAGCGUGAUCUGCCCUUGAUAGACAUCAGUUUUAGCUUUCCUAGUAAUAAAGAUAAGAGAAAGUGUUCGUGCAAAUACUUUUGCGAACACAACAAAUGUGUUCUAAAAUUGGAAAAUGUGCUAACUGAUGACGAAAUCGACGACGACAAGGUGAAUAAAUUGCUCGACCAGUGGGAGAACGACUACCCCAAGGAAAAAUCAAUGGUGAUUAGAGCGAGAAAGGAAUGUUUGGACGGGAAAUAUAGGGAAUACAUUAGCAAGCACGAUUGCAUAGAGUCAAAGUUAUACGUUUGCGUGUAUGUAAGCGCAGUUGCGGAUUGCCAAUCAUGGAGCGAAGACGCCGAGUGCGAUGAAGUGAAGGAACACGCGCAGAAGUGCAAGGAUGCUCAAGACAUGGAAUAA